CUUUUGGUUUAGUUUAAAUGACAUUGGUAAUUGCUUUUCCCUCUUUGAAAUGCCAUUCCCUUGGACUAUCAGAUUUGGGUUCACUAAACAUCGGGGGAAUUAAGUCAGCAUCUUCUUAAAGCAGUCUACACGAGUGCCACCAAAGAGACACAUUAAUUGCUGGAGGCACGCGACGGCGUUUCCAAGCGAUUACCAUUCAAAUUUGGCCAAGGAGCAACAAGUGAGGCCAUAAAGCCUUGCUCGCCUAACCUAGAGAUUCACUUUCCGUCCAGACGAAGCACUUUUCCCGUCGAUUUGCAGGCCUCCCAUUGGCUGCCAGGACUCGUGCCUGCAGGACGAGUUUUGCCGAGCGGAGCUCGUCGCGGAUAUAAAAGGACCAACAGUUGUGGCCACUGGCUCACUCGAUUAUCGCGCUUCGGGCCAUCUUUCCCGUCUCGACUUCCGGUAUUACAAUUGGAUAAAGUGAAGUGUUUUGUGUAAAGUGUUUGCUUUCUAAAAACUUAAAAACGUGCUCUUCAAAAACACUAAAUGUUUGGACUGCUUUAAGAACUUUAAAAUUGAAGGAGCACUCCAAAAGAGUGGAGCAUUUUAAAGCUUUAAAUGGAUAAUUACUCGCACCUCAUUACUCUUUAUUGACAUUUGAAUUAAUUUCAAAUUUAUAUGUGACCCUUAAAACUGAAGUGUUGCUUGGAAAAUUUGAGUAUUUGGACGGAUUUUUGGGUUAAAAAGACUAUUAAGUCUGUAAAUGUGAUUUAAUAUUCAUAAUGAAUGGACUAUAAGAACAUUAAUGUCGUAAAGAAAAAACUUUAGGCUUUGAAUGCUAGUUGAAUUUAAAGCAGUAAAUUAAAUCUAUCCAGUUACAUAAUACAAUUUGGUACUAAAUAGUUAGACUCAACAAUAUGCACCUCCUUCGGAUCAGCAUUCACGUUUUCUUCCUGAUGUUCGCCGACUGCUUCAGUGCCCAUCCUAAUCCCAGACGCAAUGAGAUUACCUGGGAGGAUCUGAACAAGGACAUUAGUCUGGACUCCACUACUUCCCUGGUGGGAUUCAAUGCCAGUGAUGCGAGCUUAGAGCAGAGAAUGUACGAGAGGAGCAGGGACUUCAAGUCCCCUCAGCUUUCCAGAUACACUGAGGUGGGGGAAAUGGGGUCCACAAUGCGUGUCUACAAUGUUGGGGUUCUAAUGGCAUCUCAUUUGGAUUCCCCAUUCGAUCUGGAGCGUUGCGGACCGGCCGUGGACUUGGCCUUGGAUGAGAUCAACAAGGUGUUCCUCAAGCCUCACAACAUAACACUACUGAAAAAGAAGGGAAGCUACCCAUCCUGUUCGGGUGCUCGGGCUCCUGGACUGGCUGCGGACAUGCAUUUCCAGGACGACGUUAUCGCGUUCAUUGGACCAGCCUGCGCCUUUGCCCUUGAGCCGGUGGCCCGGUUGGCCGCCUAUUGGAACACGCCCAUCAUCACCGGCAUGGGAGAUCAGCCGCCUUCUUCGGAAGGUGAGCUUACGGUCACUUCCGGAAUCCUGGGUAGGAUACACAAGUGGAAGAAUGAGAACACGGGCAUGUUCAAGGACAAGUCCAAGUACCCGACGCUCACCCGGAUGUCCUACUGCCAGUGCCGACUCAUCCUGGUCUUUGCCAGCGUCAUUCGGCAGUUCAACUGGAAUCACGUGGCUCUGCUGGUGGACAGAUCGGAGCUCUUCUCGUGGACGGUGGGCAAGAAUCUGGAGUACGGUCUGCGGCAGGAAGGACUCCUGAGCUUCGUCAAGGAGCUCAACGGUAACGAGGAGGAGGUGUACGAAAACUAUCUCAAGGAUGCCAGCAUGUAUGCAAGAGUUGUCAUCCUGUCGGUACGCGGAGUUCUGGUGCGCAAAUUCAUGCUGGCAGCCCACAGCUUGGGCAUGACCAAUGGCGAGUGGGUGUUCCUGGACGUGGAGAUCUUUCAGAGCGAGUACUGGGGCGACAAGGGGUGGGAGAUGAAGGACGAGCACGACGCCAAGGCGCGUAAGGCAUAUGAAGCCCUCCUGAGGGUGAGUCUCCUGCAGCCGACGAGUCCCAAGUUCCAGGACUUUGCCGACAAUGUGAGGGAGAAUGCGCUCUACGAUUACAACUACACGUUUGGCGAGGGCGAGGAGGUAAACUUCUUCAUUGGAGCAUUUUACGAUGGCGUCUACCUGCUGGGCAUGGCCUUGAACGAGACCCUCACCGAGGGUGGUGACAUCCGGGAUGGGGUCAAUAUCACCAGGCGGAUGUGGAAUCGCACCUUCGAAGGCAUCACCGGGCACGUCCGCAUCGACGACAAUGGUGACCGGGAUGCGGAUUACUCGAUUCUGGAUCUGGACCCCAUUAAUGGAAAGUUCUCGGUUGUGGCCCAUUACUCCGGCGUACACAAAGUAUAUUCAGCUGUUCAUGGCAAGAAGAUACAUUGGCCUGGUGGACGGGAGGAGCCACCGCCGGAUGUGCCGCCAUGUGGGUUCCUGGGAAACUCCACAGACUGCCUCGGAAACUUUUCUACCAUUAUGUACUCCGUGUUUGGACUGGUCCUUUUCCUGGGUCUCGUCUUUCUGGUCAUCUGCCUUCUACAAAAGCAGAUGAAGCUCAGCAAGGAGCUGAACAACAUGUCCUGGCGUGUGCGACCCGAUGAUGUGCUCAUCGAGAUGGGCGGCAUGUUUGGUUCGAAGGGAGGCUUGCAGCGCCUGGACGUGGAGAACAUCUCCUUGCAGCAGUUCGGCAUCCACUCGGGUCGAGCCUCGAUAGCCAGCUUCACGUCGCUGCCGCCGCAAGUGUACACCACCAUUGGUCAGUUCAAGGGUGAGCGGGUGGCCAUCAAGAAGGUGAACGUAAAAAAGGUGGACCUGACGCCGCAGCUCCUCUGGGAGAUCAAGCAGGCGCGGGAUGUGAGCCACGAGAAUACCGUGCGCUUCGUGGGCGCCUGCAUCGAUCUGCCGCGACCCACCGUGCUCAUCCUCACCGAAUAUUGCUCGAGGGGCAGUCUGAAGGAUGUGCUGGAGAACGAGGCCAUCGAACUGGACUGGAACUUCCGCAUGUCCCUCAUUCAUGACAUUGUCAAGGGCAUGAACUAUCUGCACAACAGCGAUGUGGCUGCCCACGGAAAACUGAGGUCCUGCAAUUGCCUGAUAGACGGACGAUUCGUGCUCAAGAUCUCCGACUUUGGACUAAGAACGUUGACUACGCCCUCUGACUUUGUGCGGGAUCAAAACUACUAUCUGAAACUCCUGUGGAUUGCUCCGGAACUCCUCCCACUGACCUCCAUACCUGGUUGCUGUCCAGCGACGCAGCGCGGCGAUGUGUACUCCUUUGGCAUAAUUCUGGAGGAGAUCGUCAAUCGUGGUGGACCCUACCAGGAGGCGCGUCAGCAGAUGGACGUUCACACGAUCCUGCACAAGGUGCGUCAGUGCAAUGGCUUCCGUCCGCUCAUCAGAGAGCGCGAGUGUCCUCCGGAUCUGCUGGAGCUGAUGGAGAAGUGCUGGGCAGACAACCAGGAGGAGCGGCCCACUUUCUCCACCAUACGCAGCAAUAUUCGCACUAUAAUGAAAGGCUUCUGUGAAAAUCUGAUGGAUGAUCUACUAAAUCGCAUGGAGCAGUAUGCCAACAAUCUCGAGAGUCUCGUCGAGGAGAAAACGCGUCAAUUGAGCCUGGAAAAGCAGCGCACGGAGGAGCUGCUCUACCAAAUCCUGCCGCGUCCAGUGGCCCAGCAAUUGAUGGCCGGCGAUCUCGUGGAGCCGGAAGAGUUCAGCAGCGUGACCAUAUACUUCAGUGACAUCGUCGGCUUCACCGAACUGUGCGCCCGCAGCAGUCCCAUGGAUGUGGUCAACUUUCUGAACGACUUGUACAGCACCUUUGACCGAAUCAUUGGCUUCUAUGACGUUUACAAGGUGGAAACGAUUGGUGAUGCCUACCUGGUAGUUUCUGGACUGCCGGAGCCCAAUGGUGACAAGCAUGCUCGCGAGAUUGCUCUCAUGGCCCUGGACAUCCUUCGAGCAGUCAGCUCCUUCAAUCUCCGCCACAAGCCGGAGUACAAGAUCCAGAUACGCAUUGGAAUGCAUUCGGGAUCCGUGUGCGCUGGCGUCGUUGGCAAGAAGAUGCCACACUAUUGUCUGUUUGGAGACACGGUCAACACGGCGUCCAGAAUGGAGAGUACUGGCCAGCCGGGCAAGAUUCAUGUGUCCUCGGCCACCAAGGCCAUCCUGGACAAGUUCGGCACCUUCCAAAUGGAGCAGCGCGGCGAUGUCGAGCUGAAGGGCAAGGGCACGGUCACCACCUACUGGCUGAAUAGCACCUCCGAGGGCGAGGCACGUCCUCCCACUCCGCAGAUCCUGACCACCGACGAGGUGCCCUUUCCGCUGCUCUUCGCCGGCAUGGGAAAGUAGUCGUCUUAGCAUCGAUUUCGUACAAAUCAGUAUUAUUUUAGGAUCUCACAGUAAUCCUAUUUACCAUUCUAUUACUAUUACUACAACUUCAUUAAACUUUUCAAAGGAUGCAAGAACACUCACCUGAUAAACAUGUCCUCAGAAACUUAUUUUAUACUGUAUUGAAAUAAAAAGAAAAAUCGCUUUUAAUGUUUUAAUAAUACCUGG